CAUAAGGGCGUUUUAGAGCGCUUGCGCAAAGUCAUGGUAGCCACACUGGGUGCAUUGCUUGACCGCAUGCAUAAUUACCGGUAUGCCGAGACCAGCAGGGCGACACGGAACAGUGUUGUCCACGACGGACUAAUGGGCCGUUUAUUAGGAGCUCCUGGGUUGCAUAGGUUUUGCAGCACUAUCGCGUUGUUCCUUGCGGGACAAAUCAUUUUCCUACUCCUGGCGACAUCAGGCGCACUCAAAUCGUCUAAUGGAAUCGGCAUUACUGUCGAGGACCUGCUGGCCACCUCAGACCUCCUCCCCCAGGGCAUCCUGUACCUGCAGCCGCUGCGGGAUGUUUCAAAUCCCACGACCUCAGAACUACCCGCAUCAAACGUCGUCCUUCAGGGAUUGGGAAGCAGCGUGCUGCAGAAGGGUGGUGGCGACGGACCUAUCUGGUAUCAAUAUCCACCGCUUGCCCCCCCACCGUAUCCCCUGCCACCUGGGAAUCCUGUGUCCCCUGGCAGUCUCAGGCCCGACCUGCCACCCCCACCACCUGCGCCACCCCUAGAGCUGUUCACACAGCUGGAUUGCUCGGGGCUUCAUGGGUACUCCUUGGCAAAAGUCCCUAUAAUUGGCUUGAAGCCAGGCCAGCACCUCACGCUGUCGUCCCUGUCAGUCUCCAUGGUGGACCUUUCUGAGCCGCUGGGGCCGGCAGCCAAUGUACUCAUGACUCACCUCUCGCCCUCUGGCCUUGUCCGUGUGCCCAACGGGGCUACACUGACGCUUCUACACGUUACUCUUUUGUUGCCAGUCAAUGACAUGUUAGCCUACCUAUCCAGCCUUGGUCAUGCUAUUAGUGCAUGGCCGUACAGUACGGCAGUGACCAUCUCGGAGAAUGUUGUGUACAUUGGAAACCUCACCACCACAGCCUUGGCAUUGGACGGAAGUGACGACCCAGGAACAGCAGGGGGAGUGGUGCAUUGGUCGAACGUCACCAUAAAAUGUCCGAGCCCGAAGUCAUUUUGGGACAUGGGCACACCAGUCACAGUAAAUAUUGUGAUGAAUGCAUUGGACCUAACAUUCAUAAGCUGGGUGGGGCCAGUGUUUGUUGGCACGUUCUUUCUACCAUUGGCACCUGACGUGGUGGCACUACCUGUAAGCUGGGAACAGGUACUGCUUCUUGAAGGCCAGCCCUUGUGGGUGAUGUUGGGGAACCCUCAGCGCACUACAACUCUGGAUUUGUCGGGCGUGGAAGGUGCCUGGGUAACCAGUGGCUACGUGUUUUCUGGUGGUUUAUUUGCUCCAUCAGAGGUGGCGUACUUGUUCGAUUUGACGCUCGUCAACUUGCCGUACACAGUGCAACCGAAAGUUGCCAGCAGCCUCCUGGCGCUUAGUUUGCAGAGCUUUCACAUCGACAGGAUUUUAUCUGGUUUGGGCCCUGCCCAGCUGGUUCUCAAGCGCUGUACGAUUGUCGUACCGGACCAGGAGGUUGCCUUCCUGGAGCGAGCAGUGCUGCUGGGGACUAUGGAGGCCAUAUCGGCGCUGUUCACUGUAUUUGAUGUGCAGCUCCCAGUAGCGGGCGUGUUAACCACAAACUCAACAGGUGGAGGUCAGCUGCUGGUGACCGGGCUCAGGAUCGGGAACCAGGUCUCCCUGGUCAACUGCACCCUGCUCUCCGCCAGCCGCUACUCGGCACUACCAGGUGCCCAGCCGCUGCUGCCUUCCUCGCUUGUGUGGCCACCGGAGGUGCUGCAUGGAGAUGUGCAGGUGGCAGCACAGUGGGGGCCCCUGGGGGUUGCCUUUGCUCAGGGUAUCCAGGACGCACUGUCCAACCUCGACUCAACAUGUGGCCCACUACCGGCAGGCAGAUCCCCAAUCACCGCCAUUACCAGGUGUGACGAUCAGAGCAUUCCGGCACUGGCUUUUGCUGCUACGGACGAGGCCGACACCAUCCGUGUCUCCAGCGGUGGACUACAGGCGUCUGCCAGCGAGUGCAUCGUGGGGGGAUAUCCACUGGCACGUGGCCGUACCUUUGUUGACCUCAAGGGCACCAUCGGCCGUGUUGAGCUGCAGCGGCCCAUCACGCUCCGGAACCUGGUGCUGUACAACCUGGCUCCGGGCGGCAUGUACCCGCUGCUGGGGUCUGGGGGCAGCAGUGAUGGCAGCGGCGGCAACGGCCAACAGGAAAUGCCCUCAGAACCCGCGGCCCCUCCAUUGUACCCUGUGGUGCCCGGUGCCUAUGGCAGCAGCGACGGCAUGUACCCACCGCUGGGGUCUGGUGGGUAUGUGGGCUGCGGCAGCAGUUACAGCUAUAUCGCCAAUGUCGUUGGCUCCCAGCAGGCAUCAGCUCCAGUCCAAGCAACUCCUCAGCUGGAGGGCGCAGAUGCCGCUUGGACCAACAGCUCCCUGCCGCUGUGGUUCUUCCGGAUGGCUAGGGAGCCCGCCGGUGUCACCUCUGACACGCAGCAGCCGCAGCAGCAGCCACUGCUGGUGCUAGAAAACGUGACCCUUGUAAUUCCGGAGGUCGAGUGGCGAGCAGUAGCUGCUUUGCUAAUGCAAUCUUUCCCUGCGGUUGAGGCACAACAACAACGGAGAAACUUGCAAGAGCACGGCUGGGAAGCGCCACAUGAGCAGCUGCAGCAGCCAGACUUGACACGCCGGUCUGGGAAGAAGGGGGAGCAGCAGCAAGGCAGUAUGCUGCCAGGUGCACAUGCAGUAGGAAAACAGGAGAGCAAGGAGGUUGUGUCAGACUCGGAUGCAGGUGACACUGCAGUUAUGCAGCGACAAGCAAUCCGCAGGCUGCUGCAACUUUCGCCAGGAUCGCUGGCUUCACCACUGUCUGGAAGUUCGCUACUUCGGGGUAUAGCGGAUUCGCCACUUUCAGAGCCUCCAUUAACACCCAUGCCUAUGUCACCACCCGCACCACCGUUGUCACCACCAACAUACCUGGUAGCACCGCCGCCCCCAUCACUUCCUGUCCUGGCUUCUCCACCGUCACCUCCUUAUGAAGUCACUGCUGGACUGGCACUGUUGGAGUUUGCCGCCGCAUCACAGGUUCUGUCGUACAACUACGACGCUGGCGAGCUGGUCCUGGCGGUUGCACGGCACUACGGUUGGGUUGGCACCAACGUGACACUGACGUACAAGUUGCCAGCGGACGCUCCGAGCAGUGCGAGCCUUCUGUCGUAUCCGCCACUUGUCCUGUCGUACCAGGAUCUUGCAGUGGCGAAUGGAGCCAUGGAGGACCAUGACAUGCCGCCCUUGUCGGGAUCUGGCUCUCCCUCUCCGGCCCCCCAACAACAGCCGGACCAUGGUGUCAGCCCUACUGAUGUCAAGUACGGCGGCGGGCUUCCUCCUGCCGUAUUGCCCCAGGCAUCACCACCGUUCCCUGCGGGUAUACCAACCCUGCCGCUUCCUAGUGGCGCCAGCCACCCUUCCUGGGUGGUGCCGGUUGCCAGCUCCCUAGCCGCCGCUUGCAGCAUCGUUUUCCUUGGAGCAGCAGCACUUCUGGUUGCCAAGCGACGGCGACGUAUGGCGGCCGGUGCCCAUUCCGCCACUCAUGCUGCCGCCUCUGCGGUCAAACUGGAACUCCACGGCAAGUGGCGGCCUGACUUUGGAGGUAGCAGCCCGACCUCAUGUACCAGCCAGGGAUGCAAAAAGCAAGCGAAAGAAGCAGGAGGCUUGAGUGAGGAAAGCAGGGCCAGCAUGGGCAUCAGUGCUGGUGAAGGAGGUCAGGACAGCCAGGGGGCUAGUGAGACUGUAACAUGCACGAUGGCGCUGGCCACAGUGACGAUUAACCUGUCGAGCCCCACGGGCCUUACUUCAGAGGUUGGGGCCACGCUGGAAGGUGGCCGGAGCGGCUCCAAGCUUUCACAAGGAAUUGCUGGGGUUAUUCCCUCCAUGAGCACAGCUGGCAUGGAGUGUGUUCCAGUAACGAAUAGCCUAAGCCUCUUUGAGGCCAACCGCCAGGUCAUUAGGAGUGUCUUGAAAGCAGCGGGACCUGCUCCAGGAGCCGAUGUUGUGGACCGGCCCCAGCAGCAAGAGGGAAGACUACAUGGACGGCAGCACCAACGGGUUGAAGGAGCCCAUGGAGGCAGUGCUGUCGGACUUUAUGGCCCAGCGCAGAUAUUGGAGGCACGGACAGGCGAGGGACGGCUAGUAAACUACAUAAGCAGUAAUGCUCGUCUUGAAGAACUCAUGGCGUACUACAUUGGUCUGGAAGGCCGUGCUGGGUGGCACUUGACUGCAUACCAGCCAUCUCUGAAAGAACAGCAGCCAUGGAAGGGUGCUUUACUUAAGGGUAGCACCACGGACGAAUACGAGUCCCAGCCGUUGGGCCCAGCAGGCGCGCCGAGGACUGCUGUGGUGGUGUACGGCAAGCAGCUGGGCACCCAUCGAAGCAUGCAAGACACCAUCAAUGCCAUCGAGGCGGAGUUGCGAGACCCAGAUCUACACGUUCAUUCUUUGUUGGGCAUCGGAGCCUAUGGCUUGGUGUACGGCGGCACAUGGCGGGGCCUGCCAGUGGCGAUCAAGGUGUUGGUCGUGUCGGAGGGGCCCAUGGGUCAGGAGAGCCAUGCCAGGCACCGGGCAGUGAUGGAGGCGGCCAUUUCCAUGAGCCUGACACACCCCAACAUCGUGGCUACGUAUGCGUAUGACAUAAAGGCGCUGGUGUUUGAGCCGCGUAAGCCCGGAGCUGCAGACCUGCAAGCGACGAGCGUGGCUGGAGUGGGGGCGGUGGCUGGAGACUCGCAUGGAGACUUAAGCAUCUCUGCGGGCUCCUAUAAGGAGGGAGUGGCGGCCGUGGACAGCUACAAGCUGUACAUAGUGCAGGAGCUAUGCAAUGCGGGCACUCUGCGCCAAGCACUUGAUCACGGUGUGGCUGGCAGCGUCCGUGCUUGUGGUCUGCUCCGAGUACUUGCACUGCGGCUGGCUUUGGACGUGGCGCAGGGCAUGCGGCAUAUACACGGCUGCCGUAUUGUGCAUGGAGACCUGAAGUCGGAUAAUGUGCUGCUGGCACACGGCCCACGAGCUGCUUCCUUGAACGACGGCAAGGAGACGCUGGACCACGGACCACAAGCCACACCUGGUGGUGAGACACAGCGAGACACAGCCGUGCAGCCCGGGGCAGUCCAGCAACCGCCACAGCUGGGCCUCGCAGUGGCCACAGCUGCAGAGACAUGUGUGAGCGAGCUUGCAACCCCAGAAGAGGGCAAAGGCGAGCUAGCAGGGAACACAACCGCCCUUGCAGGUGCGUUGGCAAAGCUGCAGCUGACGGCCAAGGUGGCAGAUUUCGGGCUCAGCCUGCCGCUGCCCGAGGGAGCCACGCACGCCUCGCAGCGCUUCCAGGGAACUCCUGCCUACAUGGCGCCGGAGGUGGCGCUUGUUGGCCACAUGUCCCCUCGUGCGGACGUUUGGUCGUUUGGGCUGCUGCUGCUGGAGCUCUACUACGGCUGCACAGUUGCUGACAUGGUGUCUGUGCAGGGGGAAGGCGGACACGAAUCAGGGGCAGCAGAAGAGAGCAGUGACAUGGGCUUUGAUAAAAACCAGGUCCAGGCCCUUGUCCCAAUCCUCAUCAAGGACAUGGUGGCAGCAGCACAUGUGCCGUAUGCAAAACUGGUGACAGCGUGCCUGGCGUCCGACCCACGGGUCCGUCCAGAUUUUGGGGGAAUCAUUCAGCGCUUGGAGCAGGUGUUGGACGCAGUUGAGCCGUGCGUGUAGUAAUCCGGGCAUAACUUGUGGUUUUGGCGUGAUAAGAGAAAGAACAUAUCCGUUUGCUAGUGAAUAGUGGUACAUUCGUUUCAUUCGCAUAGGCGCAUAGGCACGAGUGAGCACAUUUCAUCAUGUUUCCUAUAAUCAGCAUCACCUUGUCCUCACCUCAUCCCAUGUUUGCAUCGCAGCAGUGUUUACGUCCAGUAGAUAGUGUUUACGUCCAGUGUCGGCUCAUGUGGCUCUACUGCUUUGGUUACAUGCUCUAAUGUGGACAGGGAAGCUGUUGACUGCACAUGCAUGCGGCAUGUCAUGCAUUGCAAAAAUGCUUCAAGGUUUUCGCAUGUAAGGGAUCGUUUCACGACGUCUCUCAUUGCAUUCAAGGGAUGCCGAAGUAUGUCGGCUUUGACUGCAAGCUGAUCAUACGUAUCUGACGAUGAAUCUUGUGGAUAAUACCGUGAAACCGGCGGCACGGUCAUGCAUGUGCAAAUUCCGGAAAGGGUUGAUUGCAUUCCAUACACACGCGCAUCAGCAUGUAUGAUUCCAUCUUGAUUGCUUUCAUGUUUUGGGUAGCGUAGGUCGAGGAGAAUGACACAUCUAUUGGCCACUGCAACAAUAAGGGUUUCAAUAAGGGUUGUCCGUAGGUCCGCAAAGAACUGAACUUGCAGGCAUCAUGUGCAUGCAUGCGCGGGGUGCUGACGGGUGAACAUCGAAUAAUUGUGCUGCUGUCAAAGCACCUUUACCUCUUGAACGAAGGCGUUUCCGCGAUUAUUAAACGGGUUUUGCGUGGAGGUUCCCUCGGUGGGGGUAUCGGUAUGCCUUUUUUGGUUUCGGGUUGAAAUGGUGCUUUGUCACUUCUAUGACUUGGACUCUACAUUUCUGGCCUGAACCAGUUAUCAUUUACAAUCAUGUAUGGCUGCACUCCUGUAACAAAGAGGAUACAAAAA